UUGUUUUGUCAUUUGCCACUAGCACCACUGCACUAACAGGAUGGCAGAUUCAGAGUGGACGCGUAUCUUCCAGGCGAACGCAAAUGAUCUCAAAAAAGGAGACACCUGGCAUCUGGAGUUUGAUCAAAAUCUUGUGCCUAACAGCCCAAACAUGGGCUGGCAGCAGUACAUCAGGAACACAAGCGCAAGGUUCAAAUGCAGCAAGUGCAGAAGAGAGUGGCCUUCCAACCGGGUGAUGGUGGUCUUCCACAUGCGCCUGACAGACGGCCAGGGCGUUGUCAAGGUCCGGCCCUUCCGUCAAAACUGCAAGAAGUGCAGCAAAGCUCCGAUGGAGCGGCCCAGCAUCACCUCCGAGAACAUCAGCAUCCUCAUGGAGAAUCUGGUGGAGAAGAUAAGAAUAAAAUGCUACCAUGAGGACCUGGGCAAACCAUACAAGAAGUUUCUGGGCCUGGAUGUCAAAAGUCCACAUGAGCCUGCUCACUGCGAGGGCUGCAUUCAAGGCAUCUGUACAAAGGAAUGAACUUGUGUUUGCAUUCCUUUGUACACCAACCAUUUUCGUAAUUUAAAAAAAUAGUAAUAUAUAAGCAAAUAAUAGAAGCAAACUGUGUAAGAUUUGCCUUCCUGUCAUUCUGUUGCAUUAUAUUGUGCUGUCUAUCAUAUUCAUAUAAUAUUUAAGAACAUGUAAGCUUUCAUAUUAAUUCUUUUUGGCAUUCAACUGACUUUCUGCUCCAACGCAUGAAGCAAGUCAUCUAAAUAAAGCAUAUACAAACAAUAA